UGAAAUCUGACGUUGGACCCAAAAAGCCAGCAAAUAAAGAAAAUGGUAUACAAUCUAGAGCCAUUCCUCUUUAUUAAAGUAUUCAUGUUAGCUAUUAGGCCUCUUAAUAAAUGAUUCAUGUGAACUACUCGGCCACACUACGUCCAUAGUCUUGUAUAUUAAUCAAAAUCAACACUUCCAGCUUCUAAACUCUCCAAGCAUCUGAUUCUUUAACUACAUCUGGGGUUUGUCCCAUCUGACAGCCUGGUUGCAUCUCUCAGACCAUUUUUGUCCUAAAGAGCUACCAAAGAACUAGGUAAAUCCCAUUUCAGGAUUCCUGUUUGAUUUGUAAAUGAAGUGAGCGAGACUGUUUCAGAAGCAUUGGAGUGUUUGAUCAAAAGAUUCAAAAGAUGUUCAAGUCAGCCAAACGGGGGAGCGAGAAGAGCAAAAUCAAAGCUGUAUUCCAAUUGCAGUUUGAGGCAACUCAGGUGCCACAAGUGAAAGCAAAAGCCUUGACAAUAUCUCUGGUCCCGGCGGAUGUCGGUAAGCCAACGGUGAGAUUAGAGAAAGCUGUCAUUGUGGAUGGAACCUGUUUCUGGGAGAAUCCUGUCUAUGAAACAGUGAAAUUAAUCAGGGAUCCGAAGACCAGAGGAUUCAUUGAGAAAAAGUAUCAUUUCAUUGUGUCAAGUGGAUCAUCAAAAGCAGGUCUACUUGGAGAAGUAUCGAUCAAUUUUGCAAAUUAUGCGGAGGCAGCUACACCUUCAACCGUCUCCCUUCCCCUUAAGGCUUCAAACCAUGGGGGAACUGGAGCAAUUCUGCAUGUCACAAUUCACAACAUGCAGGAGUCUGUUGAUCUAAGAGAAUCUGAAGCAGGUGAAAACCCAACGAGCAAAUCACAAGACAGGAGCCCGAAGAAUCAAUUAAGGAACAAUGACAGAAACGAAAACAGCAACCUCAGUUUUACAGAGAAUGAAUGCAUCAAUAAACUCUCAUCAGAGAACUCUGAAAACAUUCGAACUUUCAGAGAUUUUCUUGAGGAAGAUCCUAUAAUUCAACAGGGUGAUACCACAUUCAGACAAGACUCUGAGCCCAAGAAGAGAACAUCUGAUGCCUUACCAAAAGAUGGUUACAGGCAUCAGAACUCUGAAAACAAUCGGAACUUCAAAGAUUUUCUUGAGGAAGCUCCUAUGAUUCUUCAGGGUGAUACCACAUUCAGACAAGACUCUGUGCCCAAGAAGAGAACAUCUGAUACCUUACCAAAAAAUGGUGACAGGUAUCAGAGAUUGAAUAGAGAUUGUUCAACGGGUUCUACUUCAGAUGGAAGUAUGGUUGACUUAGCAAACAGCUCAGAGGAGAACAUACUAAGUGACAGGACGCCAGAGACUUCGCAUAGAACUGUUGAAAAAUUAAUGAGAAAAAUUUCUAUGUUGGAAAGGCAGGCAGAAUUAUCAGAGCUAGAAUUACAGACGGUUCGGAAGCAAAUUGUAAAGGAAAGAAAAAGGGGACAGGAACUGUCAAGAAAAAUUUCUAGCCUGAGAGAAGAGCGAAAUGCAAUCGGAACAGAUUAUGAACAACUCAAGUCUAGAGAAGUUUCAUAUCACUUGCAAAUAGAGACUGAAGAAUUGAAGGAUAAAUUAGAGGAAAUGGGGCUGGAGCUUAAUCAUGAGAAAGACUUAGGAGUGACACUGAGAGUGCAACUGCAGAAGACUGAAGACUCGAACUUUGAAUUGGUUCAUGCCAUAAAAGAGCUUAAUGAAAUAUUGGAGCAGAAGGAUAGGGAAAUAGCUGAUCUCUCGACCAAAAUAAGAGCCGGUGAGAAUGACAAAGAGGAUCCCAAAGAAGUUCCCGUUUGUACUGAUGUAGCAGAGGAAGUAGACAUGCUUGAGCAGGAGAUUGAAGACCUUAAUGGUGAAUUGGAGGUCUACAGGAAAGACAAAGAAGAGCUAGCGAUGCAUAUGGACCAGCUUGCCACGGAGUAUGAUAUCCUAAAACAGGAAAACCACAAUUUCUCCCUGAAGUUACAACAACACAAAAUCGAAAAGGUAAAGAUGCAGAAUGAGUUCUCAGAAUUAUCAGCAACAAUAAAAGAGUUUGAGCUCCAGAUGGAGAGGCUAGAAAAGGAAAUCAAGGAGCAGGCACUAGAACUAACAGAAUCUUCCGAAAUAAAUAAUAAGCUUCAAUCACAGGUAGAAAGCUUGGAGACAAAACUGGAGAAGCAGGCACAAGGAUUUGAAGAUGAUUUGGAAGGUAUCACACUUUUGAAAAUUGAGCAGGAACAGAGGGCUAUCCGGGCAGAGGAGGCGUUGAGAAAGACGAAGUCAAACAAUGCUGUUGCAGCUGAGCGAGUUCAAGAGAGAUUUCAAAGGCUUUCUGUGGAAAUGUCUUCUAAGAUUGAUGAGAAUGAGAAGGCGGCCGUGAAGGCAGUUGCAGAGGCUAAUGAUCUGCGCAUGAAGAAAAGAGUUGUGGAAGAAAUCCUCCAGAAAGCUACUGAAGAACUUGGGUUAAUGAAAGAGCAGUAUGAAGAGAAACUUCAAGAGCUUUCGAACCAAAGAGAUAUGAAAGCAAAACAAAUAGAGCAGAUGUCACGGGAACUUGAGGAAAAGGACAUAAAAAUUGAAAAUUUUGAAAAGCAAGAGGAAAGUCGGAAACUCAAAGCCAAGAUAGAAAGGCUCAAAACACGAAAUAACUUUUCUGCAGAAGCACAUCCAGAGGAGAAAUGGAGAAACAAAUCAGAUGGAGUGAAAAAGGAAGCACAAAAGCUACAGGAGGAGUUGAAUACGUUGAGGUCUUCGAAGGAUGAAAAGGAUACGAUGGUUAAAACUCUGCAAUCAGACAUAGAAAAGCUCACAGUUCAGUACAAUGAAUUGAAACAUUCUCUCUCUGAAGUAGAGCAGGAGAAAGAAAACCUGAGGAAAGUGGUCUUUAAACUAGAGGGUGACCUACAAAAGAAGGAAGAAGCGAUCAGCGCUACAGCAAAGAAACUCCAGAGUAACGGUGAACAAGCUAGAAACCGUGACACAAAACAACUAUCUUCAAAACGUGGAAAAUCUGCUAAGGAUGUGGCUAGGGGGAAGAUCGAUUUUGUGGAGCUUCCCUGGAAGGGCUCUACGGCAGGUGCUCACAAAGAAAAUGGAGACAGCAAAACGCCAGUCAGAAGGGAUGUAGAAGCUCUAUCAGAGAUGAACAUAUCGUCUUUCCCUCCAAGUGACGACAACUAUCUUACCCAACUAUUGGGUGAAAUGGAAUUACUGAAGGAAAGAAACAAAAGUAUGGAAGGAGAGCUGAAAGAAAUGCAAGAGAGAUAUUCAGAGGUAAGCCUCAAAUUUGCAGAAGUAGAAGGUGAAAGGCAACAACUAGUAAUGACGGUGCGUAACCUGAAGAACACAAAGAAGUAGAAUUUUUUAGAGGAUUAAAGCCUGGAAAUGAAACCAUAGAAAGGUGUGGUGCCUGGUUGUGACGACUUCAAAGUCAAGGUUAGACUAUAGUUCAAUCAAAGUUAACAUACAAUGUACAUCAAAACACAUUAUUUAUCAAUUCUUUCUCUUGCGUUUGUUGUUCAACUAAGGAAAAAUACUAAACAACCCAAUUAUUUGAUUCA